AUGUCUAUGCCUGGGUCAGCCAUUAGAGGGCCUCAACAAGAAGAUAAUAUUGCCCUCAAAACUGGAGCUUCUACGCCUCUUCCUCAAGCCGAAAAGUUGAAGCUGUCUGCCCGCUCAAGGAAGUCUUAUCAAUUAUCAGGACAACCUCCAAUCGAUAAACCACCUCGCGACCUUUUCAACCGUGUCACGUCAUUUGUGGACGAGAAAAUGGGACAAAUCCCUAGUCCAAUGGAGCUCCAUCGUCCAUCAGAACCUUCUUAUCAUGAAAAUAAUCGUUUCCACAAUGUCAAACUAAUGCUCAUCAAUAAAGUUCUCGAAUACCCUUUUUUCGAAACCCCGAUAUUUUUCAUCAGCCUCUUUGGUAUUCCAGAAAAUGCGUUCACUCUUGGAUCUUUUCUUCAACUUUUCCAAAUGGCCAUUCAAAUCGCCACUAUCUGCUUGUGUGCUCAAUCACUUAAAAAUGACGAUUAUGAAAUCCAACACAGAAUCUGGGCUUUCCUCAUUGCUCAAUCGUCAAUUAUUUUGGCAGUGGCUACCCUUUUCACCUUCCGUGUACUUCGCUUGGGAAAUAAUGGUGCCGUUUUAUACAGUCUCGUCAGUGCUUGCCUCGCGUUUGCUGCGUUUGGUGUGGCCCUUGGGAUCCUUAUGCCAACCGAAUGUACCAAUGAAGUUAUGUACUGUCGUAUGAGACGUGCCACUACUGGUCUUGUGUCUCUUAGUGCUUUCCUUUGGCUCAUGGAACUUGUGAUCUUUAUUACUAUUGUCUAUGUGGCUCGUCUUAACAUCAUCCCAGAUCCAAACGAUGGGAUGUAUGAAGGGUUCGUUAUUCCAUUCAGUGCUGGAAAUGAAACUUAUCCUCCAAAGGGCGAUGAUCACCGUUUCAGUGGCUCUGUUUACCCUCAAAGCGAAAUCACUAAUGUCGGUGAGCCACAUCAAUUUCUCAAGACUCCUGCCUCCUUGAUCACUCCUCAAGCUCCAAUGGAAAUCGCUUCAUCUCCUGAGCCUCCUGUGAUGAGAAGAUUAAUUAUCACAGAGGCUGGUCUUGAACCAGUUCACAGUGAUUCUCAAUUAGAAGGUCUCAAACCAAUUGUACUCUACGCUAAUCCGGAACAAGCUUCUACUGAAGAAGCGGCUGAACCCCAGCUUUAA